AUGUCAUUACUGAUGAAUCCGGCUAGUGACCCGGAUGGUGAUGUUGUCCGAUGUCGUUGGGCAGACGACAGCCACAAUGAGUGUCCACAAGCAAUAAACGGUAAUCAAGUAUGUGGUCCUCUUUCACCUAAUAGUUAUCUAGAUCAGAGGGUAACCCUUCCAGCUGUAUCCGAAGGCCAGUUGAUAGUAUCAACUGAUCAGCAAUGCGUUACACUGGUUGUUACUGACGAAAUAAUUCGAAGUCCGCCCUCAUUGUUGCCACAGCAGUCCGUACCCAACCCUCGAACCCCAAUCAGUGCCGCUACUGACGAGUUGAUCUUGGUUUUUGACAGCGAGAUUCGAAAACCUGAAUUAUCCAGUUAUGUGCGAAUUAUAAAAUUUCUUGCCAACGGUGAAGAGCGGGUUAUAUCUCGAUACGAUACGUCACGAUCCAACCGUGUGCAAUUUCCCGAGCACAACAACACGAUGCUAACAAUAAAUAUCACUGGUUUAAACCUACAAAGUGAGCGUACUUAUGCCAUAGAGGUUGACUCUGGGGUAGUUCUGGGUCGUUACAACGAUCCAUGUUCAGUUGUAAGGCCUAAUGACGGUGGCCGAUGGUUCUUCGCCACAGACGAGGCUCCAACAACUCUGGCACCAACCACAACCUUAUUACCUACGACCACCAUUGCAACCCCUGCUCCGAUUACGGCACCGGUAGCUGAGUGCACUAGCUUCGGACUUCGGGUUUACGUUCCUAGGUCCAUUGUAGGGAAUGUACUGCCUAGUCAUUUACAUUUUAAUGAUCCGGAUUGCAGAGGUUCCUAUUCCAACGAAAGUGUAAUACUAAUGGAAUCGAGUUAUAACUUGUGUGGAACAAUCACAAAGGUAAAAUCUAAUGGCAUCAAAUAUCGAAAUACAGUUUUCUCCGAGCCGCUUCCUAUCACCAGCACAAGUAUCACACGUGAGCGGGAAAUUCAAAUAAAUAUCGUCUGUGAUGUUUAUUCAGACGGCAUUAUUCAUGCAGUAUUCGACCCUGAUACAUCUCCCAUCAUCUUUAACAUUCGUCGGACGGCUUCCUUAAACUUUGGGCUGGCUCUAUGUCAUGAUGAAAAUUUCUUAGUGCCAUACACGAUGCUGGACUACCCAGCACAUGUAGUGCUCCGUGAGCGACUCUACUUCUCGGCAAAGGCCGCAAAUUCAAGCCUACACCUCAGAAUCGACAGCUGUAAAGCUACGCCGGCGGUUCAGCCUACUGCCUCAGAUUAUUAUUACUUCAUUCUCAAUGGUUGUGUAGUAGACAGCAAUGCGGAAUUCCACGAAUCGCCCUCAUUGUCGGAAGUAAGGUUUUCGAUUGAGUCUUUUACAUUUCAUCGUAAUGGAAUGCAGCACAGGGAAAGUACAACUACAAAAAUACUGGCAUUAUCAUUAAGCUAUAACUUAUUAAACUGUUGGCAGAUCAACUUGAAGGCUUAAUAUAUAACCGUAUAUUAUGCUAAUAUCAUACUGUAUACUAAUAUGUAC